CGCUGUGUGUUUUGGGAGUUUGAGGUUAUUAUUAUGUUGCAUUGGCAAAAUAUAUGUACGGUACUUUUCAUGUCAGUGUAUUUAUUUAUUUAAAGUUCGAUUUUCAUAUAUUAUUGAAACUUAAAUUAACAAUCAACGGAUAAAAAAUUCUUCCACAUUAAUAGGCACUCAGUUCAUAAUCGUACUGCGACUAAAAAUUUUCGUGUUUGAAUGUAGACUCGAGGUAAAGUGAAUAAAAAUGAACCACGACAAGAAGUCAGGUAGACGAAGUAGGUCUAGAGAAAGAGACCGGGACAGAGAGUAUAGAGAGCGAAGGAGAUCUCGGAGCCGCUCGAAGGACAGGAAAAAAGACAGGAAGCGUUCCAGGUCACGCGAGCCCGACAAGUUCCGCUCGCGUGACAAAGACAAGGACAUCGACAGAAGCCGGGACAAGCGUGAUAACAGGGACAGUAAGGAUGCAAAGGAUGUCAGGUCCAAAGACGACAGGAGGCGCAAGACGAGCCCUGGUGGUCACGCUGACGAUGGUAAAAAAGAUGCCAAAAGCCAGGCCAAAAAGGACGAGGAUGCCAAGGAAGCCGAAGAGUCGGAGCAAAAGCAGGAUAAGCCCAAAAAAGAGCCCCUCAGUCUUGAAGAGCUGUUGGCAAAGAAAAAGUCUGAAGAGGAGGCCCGUGCCAAGCCCAAGUUUCUUACCAAAGAGGAACGAGUGGCUGCAGCCCUGAAAAAGCGUGAGGAGUCGGUCCAGGCUAUGAAGAAACAACAAGAGGAACAGAGGAAGUCGUUCUCGCAAACUGACAACUCGGUCUCAAGUGGUCAUAAAGUAUGGGACGACCGGGAAAGGCGCAAAGAAAAUCAGAGAGCUCGAGAUGAGGAUGUCAAAGACAAGGACAAAGAAAAAGAAGUUGAAGCCAUUAAAGAGCGUUAUUUGGGACUUGUGAAAAAGAAGCGUCGUGUCAGAAGAUUGAAUGAUCGUAAGUUUGUGUUUGAUUGGGAUACCUCGGAAGACACUUCUGUGGAUUAUAAUAAUAUUUACAAGGAGAGGCAUCAGGUACAGUUCUUUGGAAGAGGCAACGUUGCGGGUAUCGAUAUCAAAGCUCAAAAACGUGAUCAAAGCAAGUUUUACGGUGAACUGUUGGAAAAGAGAAGAACAGAGGCUGAAAAAGAACAAGAAAAGGUAAGAUUAAAAAAAGUAAAACGGAAAGAGGAAAAACAGAAAUGGGAUGAUCGACACUGGACAGAAAAGGCAAUAGAUGAAAUGACUGAACGAGAUUGGCGAAUUUUCCGAGAAGACUACAAUAUUACCAUCAAAGGGGGUCGCAUACCUGAUCCUAUUCGAUCUUGGAAAGAGUCUGGUUUUCCAAAGGAAAUUUUAGAUAUCAUUGAUAAAAUAGGCUACAAAGACCUUACACCAAUUCAACGACAAGCUAUUCCGAUUGGCAUACAGAAUCGUGAUAUCAUUGGUGUCGCAGAAACUGGUUCUGGUAAAACGUUGGCCUUUUUAAUACCACUUUUAUUGUGGAUCACAAGCCUCCCUAAAAUAGAACGCAUAGAAGAAGCAGAUCAGGGCCCUUACAGUAUCAUAUUAGCCCCAACACGUGAAUUGGCUCAACAAAUCGAGGAAGAAACUAAUAAAUUUGGUCAACCACUAGGCAUCAGGACCGUCGUUGUUGUGGGUGGUAUGUCAAGAGAAGAACAGGGAUUAAAAUUGAGAAUGGGUUGCGAGAUUGUAAUUGCGACACCUGGUCGAUUGAUAGAUGUCCUAGAAAAUAGAUAUCUAGUUUUGAACCAAUGCACAUAUAUUGUUCUGGACGAAGCCGAUCGGAUGAUAGACAUGGGUUUCGAGCCCGACGUCCAGAGAAUCCUUGACUUCAUGCCAGUGACGAAUCUCAAACCAGACAAUGAAGAUGCCGAAAACGAGGAAAAGCUUUUGGCCAAUUACAAUACGAAAAAGAAGUACAGGUCGACUGUCAUGUUUACGGCAACUAUGCCGCCGGCAGUGGAAAGGCUUGCCAGAACUUAUCUAAGACGGCCGGCCGUCGUUUACAUCGGUAGUAUUGGUAGGCCUACCGAGCGUACGGAACAAAUCAUACACAUUAUGGGUGAGGCUGAUAAGAGGAGAAAACUCAUGGAGAUUCUUAGUCGUGGCGUGGAGCCACCCAUCAUCAUUUUCGUUAACCAAAAGAAAGGUGCCGACGUACUGGCCAAAGGGCUUGAAAAGUUUGGGUACAAUGCUUGUACACUUCAUGGUGGUAAAGGACAAGAACAGAGAGAGUACGCUCUUGCGUCACUCAAGGGUGGAAGCAAAGACAUUCUCGUUGCCACCGACGUCGCUGGUCGAGGUAUCGACAUCAAAGACGUAUCAAUGGUCAUUAAUUAUGACAUGGCCAAGUCUAUUGAAGAUUACACGCAUCGUAUCGGAAGAACCGGUCGUGCUGGGAAAAAUGGUAUCGCUAUAUCUUUCUGUACAAAGGAUGACAGUCACUUGUUUUAUGACCUCAAGCAGAUCGUUUUGUCCAGUCCUAUUUCAACUUGUCCCCCAGAGCUUCUUAACCAUCCAGAUGCACAGCACAAACCGGGAACAGUUGUCACUAAAAAGCGAAGGGAGGAAAAGAUUUUUGCUUAAAAAUCUCCGAUUUUAUAAUGAUAAACUUUGUACUGACCAAAAUACCAUCUUUUUAACACAAUGUGGAUUUACGUUGAAAAUUGACACACCUAUCGAUGAAAGUUCAAUGUAUUGGUCAGAUUAUUCAAUAAACUUUGUUAUGCGUUUAAA